CAAACCCACACACACAAACACAGAGCCAUCUUCUUCCCUAUAUUUUCACAAAGAAAUAUUUAGUGUUUCUUUGGUUGAAACAAAUCUUUCUUUGUAUUAUUUGUGUGUGAUAUCUCUCUCAAAAUGGCUUUGGCUUUCACUUCUUCAUCUGCUAUUCAUGGUUCUUCGUCUUCUUCUUUUUAUCAACAGCCAAAAGUAUCACAAUUGGGUACCUUUCAGCCAUUGGAUAGGCCUCAAAUCUUGUCGACUGCUUUGAAUUCAAGGAGACGAUUGGCAAUGAAGCCAUUGAAUGCUGAGCCUAAGAGGAAUGAUUCAAUAGUUCCCUCAGCAGCAACCAUUAUGGCUCCUGAGUUAAUUGAGAAAGCUGACGAAGAGGACUUUGAGAAAUUGGCUAAGGAGCUUCAAAAUGCUUCUCCUCUUGAGAUUAUGGACAAGGCCCUUGAGAAAUUUGGGGAUGACAUUGCUAUUGCUUUCAGUGGUGCUGAAGAUGUUGCUUUGAUAGAGUAUGCACAUUUAACUGGUCGACCAUUCAGAGUUUUCAGUCUUGAUACUGGGAGGUUGAAUCCGGAGACAUACCAAUUAUUUGACACAGUGGAGAAGCACUAUGGUAUUCGCAUUGAGUACAUGUUCCCUGAUUCAGUUGAAGUUCAGGCCCUAGUUAGGAGCAAAGGUCUUUUCUCUUUCUAUGAGGAUGGCCACCAAGAGUGCUGCCGUGUAAGGAAGGUUAGGCCUCUGAGGAGAGCCCUCAAGGGCUUACGCGCAUGGAUCACAGGGCAACGUAAAGAUCAGUCUCCUGGAACUCGAUCAGAAAUCCCCGUUGUUCAGGUGGACCCUUCUUUUGAGGGAUCGGAUGGUGGUGCUGGUAGCUUGGUGAAGUGGAACCCCGUGGCUAAUGUGGACGGAAGUGAUAUUUGGAACUUCCUGCGAGCCAUGAAUGUGCCAGUGAACUCAUUACAUUCACAAGGUUAUGUCUCCAUUGGAUGUGAACCUUGCACAAGGCCAGUCCUCCCUGGGCAACACGAGAGAGAGGGAAGAUGGUGGUGGGAAGAUGCCAAGGCCAAGGAGUGUGGCUUGCACAAGGGCAACAUCAAGGAUGAAAGUGUAAAUGGCGCUGUCCAAACAAAUGGUACUGCUACUGUUGCUGAUAUUUUUGAUACCAAGGACAUUGUUACCUUGAGUAAGCCUGGAGUUGAGAAUCUACUAAAAUUGGAAGACCGAAGAGAGCCUUGGUUUGUCGUUCUUUAUGCACCUUGGUGCCAAUUUUGCCAGGCAAUGGAAGGAUCCUAUGUUGAAUUGGCUGAGAAGUUGGCUGGUUCCGGUGUGAAGGUCGGGAAAUUCAGGGCAGAUGGUGAGCAGAAAGCAUUCGCACAGCAAGAAUUGCAACUCGGAAGCUUCCCUACAAUACUCUUCUUUCCAAAGCACACUUCAAAGCCCAUUAAGUACCCUUCAGAGAAGAGGGAUGUAGACUCCUUGCUGGCUUUUGUGAAUGCUCUCAGAUGAAAGGCAAAUGGUGCUUGAUCAAUCACCAUUGUUUUCACAAAGGAGUAAUACAAGAGGGAGAGAUAGGGUUGGUAGAAUAUAGUGAAGAAUGGUGGCUAAGGGCACAUUCCUCUUUGGCCCUUUUAAAGUUUUUCUUGUAUAGUGUUGGUAUAUGGCGGCUCUCCAUUCUCCUCUGCAUUUUAUUUUCCUUAGUUCCUUUCUUAAGACUAAUAAAUUUGUACUUUCCCAUCCUUCUCAAGUAGAGAAGUAUAUAUGUCUGGGGGCUCAAUUUUGUGGGUUGAAGAAAAGAGUUUUCUCAUGUUUACUUUCUCCAUAUAAUAGAUUUUGUCCGUCUUCUCUCA